GAGCAGUGUGGUAAGUCUAUUGCUCAAAUCAUAUAUGUUCAUUGGGAAAACCUGUAAUGAUUAAAACGAGUGCUGCUCUGAUAGAUAGAACUUCUAGGAUCAUGAAGUUUCCUCCAAAUUAUGUCCAUUACUCAACCUUGAGUGACACCUCAGAGCUAGUGAAAGUCAAAGAAGUAUAUACUGCUCGUGAUGAAUUCAAGCAAAAUAGAUUUCCUUCAUUGGCACCCUCAUCAGUCAUCUGUCUGCGAAACAGAGAAAUCAACGGUUUCAAAAUUCUCUAGAACCCAUUUUCAUGAGCUUCAAGCCUUCAAUUCUGAUGACACAAAAGACAUCAACAGAGUAGAAGAAUUCAACCCAAGUUUUCAAUUCCUGCUUCACCUGAUGGGAAAGUUUCAUUUUCGAUGCUUCCAAGUUUCAGCAGUCCUGAUUCCUAAAGUUUUCCGGGAUGAAUGUCGAUCGUAUGAUUACAUGGAUUCACAACUAGAUAUCAAUGUCAGGGUUAGAGCUAGAAAAUUUUCUGGAAGGUUGAACUACUUGAAAAAAAUGAAAGCUACAUUAAUGAAUACAGUUGCGAGAUCAAGAGAAACUUUUUAGAUCUGUUGUCAAUAUUCUUAGCAGUGUAACUCAUGUGCACAUUCUACAGCAAAAAGUAAGUAGAAGAACUCAAUUUUUUGCAAUGAAAUGGCACCAUUUUCUCA